UUGCCUCCACACGGUGGCUGUUGUCGGGGCGCACGCAUAACAGACAACGAUGGCCGGCAACCAGCAAGUCUCCUACACUUGCUGCUCCCCGUUAAAGAGGGAGAGCAUUGUGCGGAUGAUGACUGUGAAUCACAAGAAUGCCGGUAGUGGACAACAACAGCAGCCCGUCUCGCUAGUGAUGGUGUCGGCCAAAGGGCGCGUGGCCGUCUACGACUUGUCCUUGAAGCUGGCCGCGGCUUUCACGCUUCGUAUGUGCUCCGCUCCAGUAGCCAGCAUCAAAACCCCAUUAUCAAUUCCGUCAGCAGCGUCUAGAACGUCAGGCAGCAGCAGAAGGCCCAGUGCUACUACUUCUUCAACAGGCAUCACUUACAAUGCCGGUUCCAGUCAAAAGAAGACGCACUUGAACGGCUGGAUUACAGAUUGCAUUCAUAUGGACGAAUUCAGUUCCCUAGUAGUGGCAUCAAGCGGACGAUGUCUACAUUUUUUUACUACCGUCGUGACUCCUUUUGUCGAGAGAUUCCGGCUUGAUGGAAUGAAGGAUAUUCCGACGUCACUGGCUUACAUGGCUCCGGUACCUGAAGCCAAACGAGUAGAACCUUUACUUGGAGUCGGCGACGACGGCGGUGACGUCUUUGUACUGCGUUUCUUAAAAGCUUCAACUUCUCUCUUCAAAAAAAGAGAAGCGGAUGGCGAGAUUCAACAUGUCUAUUGGCGAGAAUUGCACCUGCAAGCCGGGAUGGUGACGCUUUCCAUCAUGCCAGGAUGCCAUGAGAGUCCUGUGUUACAGGUGGAUUUAAAACCAACUAUGUCACGUGUCGUUUCUUGCAGCAAGAGCUCUUCCACGUCAUUACUCAUACGUCACUUGCGUCCCCAAUCCGGAGGAAUAGACAAUCCAGUAGCUGUGCCGUCAGUGAUUCUUCGAACAGGCCCGGGGAUAACGUGCUUUGAUUAUGACGACGAAAAGGGCUUGAUUGUGACGGGCAGUACAGACGGCAUGAUCCGCACGUGGAGUGCUACUCAUUUAGCAAAACCAUGGAUGGUUUUGACUGGGCACGCCGCCACUAUUGCGGCAGUUUGCUUGGUAAAGCAAUCCGAUUUCCUAUGGAGUCUCUCCGAUCAGGCUGAGCUGCGAUACUGGGAUCUUAACGAAGGGAAAUGCUUGAACACGAUCCACUUGGCCUUCAGCACCGGAAACAGGGAAGAUCGAGUUCAGUUCGGUUGUCAGAGGCCACUCCUUGCAUCUGAGCGUGUGUUAUACAUCGCAUGCGGUGAUUCAGUAGCAAGCGUUCAGUUAAGCCAGUCAAACCAGGACGGGCAAGGACCCCGGAUAGUCGAGGCUCUGCUGGGCAGGGCGAAAGAAGAAGAGCCUGAAGAAACUGGAAUGGGGGCAGAGAGCAAAAUUCCGUAUUGUUUUCGUGAAGGUCUCCUGGAUUUCGGAUAUCACACAGAAGACGAAGUCUUCGAUAAAUUCAUUGCAAACUUGAAAAAGAUCUUUGCUGAUUCAAUCACUGUAACUGAGAGGCUGAAAGAAGUUGAAAAUGCUGGUGUUAAAUCUUUGACAAAAGCAUCAGGAGAAGAAAUCGGGCCUGUAUAUGACUGGGAAGUGGAAUUACCCAAAGAGCCACCAACAGCUACGAAGCUUGUGCCAUUAAAUCAGAUAAAGCUGAAAGAGUUGGAAGGCAAGAAGGACAUGAAAAAGCAUGUCAAAGAUGGAACUCCUUUCUGUGGUUUGAGACUUCACGAACCAAGUCAGAUUGAGCUUCCCAAGGGUUUGCCUGUGACAGGAAGGAUGAAAAAGCAUGGAAUUAAAUCUUUGUCCUCACUGAAAGAAGUAAGGGAAGCAAAUUUUGACCUCUUCAGUGACCAGAUGUUUAGCCUUUCAUCAGCAAGGACUAGUCUUCUUAGUUCAGUUCUUUCAUACUACAAAAAGAAAAGAAUUGGUGACAAGGUCACGCCUGCUGGUGACAGCGAUUUACUCAUGGUGUCCAUCAGAUCUCAACAAUCUAGUCGAAAGUCAAGUAUAUCCUCAAGUUUAUCUCCUUACUCGUCGGGGGCCAGCAUGGAAGAAUAGGACAGAGCCCAUCUGAUGCAAUAGAAUACUGAUGGAAAACAUUUACAUCCAUUCUUCUCAUUCAGUUGACUCUCUAGUGUCUAUUUUAACGAGAGAUGUAAUCAUGAAUGCAAUCAAUUUUAAUGUCUCAUUCCAACAUUACUUUUUCGCUCUUUAUUCCAUUUUCGAACCAAAUUGUUCGACAAUUAGCGUAGAAUUGAUGCAACGUUGCCAUAUUAUAACUUCACACUGAACAGCUAAACAGUUUGUACUUUUUGGCCAAAGAAGUGAAGUACGAGUCAACUCGGUACCAAACAAAUAAAAGAAAAAAAUAUAUCAA